AUGGCAACGACCACGAUUCAGACCGAGCAAGCUCCACCCGCCAUCCGUCCAGCCCAAAGCCGGCGGAUGAAGGUUGAUGGAUCCGACCCAGUGUUCGGUGACUGGAGAGACGACUUGGUGAGGGACGGAUACGCUGUCAUCAAGGGUGCCAUCCCUCGCGAGCGAGCAGACAAAUAUGCCGACCAGAUGUACAGCUGGCUCGAAGGCUUCAAUCUCGGCUUCGACCGGAACGAUAUGUCGACGGUGCACAAAGACAACCUACCAGCGAUCAACGAGAAGGGUAUGUGUUUGCAGUAUGGCGUGACACACGAAGACUUCGUAUGGGCUGUCCGUGGUGAGCCUGGGGUGGUGGGCGCGUUCGAGUCGGUCUACGACGACCAGGAUCUCAUCGUCUCCUUCGAUGCCAUCAACUUCACACUCCCAAAGCGUAAGGAUAUUCCAGCAAACAAGCCUUGGCCUCACCAAGACCAGGACCCGCUCAUGCCAGGCUUCAGAUGCUUGCAGGGUCUGGUCAACCUCCUGCCCAACGGCCCUGACGACGGUGGACUCAUCGUCUGCAAGGGUAGCCACAACCUAUCGGAACAAUUCCACAAGGAGUUCAUCAACGAGCCUCGCAUCCCUGCCUGGACGCCAGAAUGGUUCGGCUUUACCGACGCAGGCAUGGAAUGGUUGAAGAACAAGAAUUGCGAAUGGCUCAAGGUCUGCGCAGAGCCAGGCGACCUGUUGGUGUGGGACUCCAGGACUGCACAUUACAACUUGAGCUCGAAGACGAAUCAACCACGGUUCGCCAUCUACACAUGCUACAUGCCUGUCAAUGAUGCAACGCAAGAGGAUUUGAUCAAGAAGAAGGGGGCAUAUGAGCGAUGGGUCGGCACAACUCACUGGCCCAAUGCCAGACACACUGGCAGCAAUGUCGCCAAGCGCGAUGGCGAGGAUGACCCACACAACAGGUUCGAGCCUAUCAACAAGCCGCAGAUGAACGAGCGCACAUUCAAGCUUACUGGUAUUCCGUAUAUCAAGGCCGAGGCGUAG